AUGCCGAGUACACACCCUCAAGAUGCAGCUUACGCCGCUUCACUCGACUCGCCAGAAACAUUCUGGUCUCACGAAGCCAAGCAGUUGAGCUGGGCCGUACCCCCGAAGACCAUCAUCGAGCGUACUACAAAAACUCUACAAUCCGGCACCAAACAUCAACACUGGAAAUGGUUUCCAGACGGCGAAAUUUCGACAUCCUACAAUUGCGUGGACCGUCACGUCGACGCCGGAAACGGACAGCGUACGGCCAUCAUCUGGGACUCGCCUGUGACAGGCACGCAAGAGAAGGUCAGCUAUGCUCAGCUUGCAGAAGAGGUCGCAAUCCUUGCUGGUGUAUUGCGUGAAGAGGGGGUGAAGAAAGGAGAUGUGGUUUUGAUAUACAUGCCUCAAAUACCUGCUGCCCUCAUCGGCAUACUCGCUACUGCCAGACUUGGUGCUAUCCACGCCGUCGUUUUUGGCGGGUUCUCAGCACCGAGUCUGGCACAGCGCAUCGAUGCUUCUAAGCCUCGAGUAGUCCUUACUGCCAGCUGUGGCAUCGAGGGUGCAAAAGGCCCACUACCGUAUCAACCUCUGGUACGUGGUGCUUAUGAACAUUCCAAGCACAAGCCAAGUAAAACCAUCAUCUGGCAGCGUGAACAGAGUAGAUGGGAUCCUGUCGUCAAAGAGGACGGCGAACGCAACUGGCAGCGACUAGUCAAGAGCGCGAGAAAUCGUGGCUUGAAGGCAGAGAAUGUUCCAGUCAAGAGUAAUGAUGGGUUGUACAUUAUCUACACCAGCGGUACGACUGGCGCUCCGAAAGGAGUGUUACGUGAGGCCGGUGGUCAUGCUGUUGGUCUGAACUGCAGUAUGCGCUACUUGUUCGGCAUUCAAGCUGGCGAUGUCAUGUUUUGUGCGUCUGACAUUGGCUGGGUGGUUGGUCACUCCUUCAUCUGCUACGCACCGCUACUGGCAGGUGCGACCACGGUUCUAUUCGAAGGCAAGCCUAUUGGUACACCAGAUGCUGGCACUUUCUGGCGUGUCAUCGAACAGCACAAGGUGAAUGUGAUGUUCACUGCGCCAACAGCCCUUCGAGCUAUUCGUCGUGAAGAUGGACAGCAUAAAUUCUUCAUUGAGAAAGGCGAGAGGAACGGACUGAGAUCACUACGAGCGCUGUUCUUGGCCGGCGAGCGUAGCGAACCAGCUGUCGUCAACGACUACACAAAGUUGUUGCAAAAGUAUGGUGCUCCUGGUGCUGCAGUCGUGGACAACUGGUGGUCUUCGGAAUCAGGUUCACCGAUGACAGGACUAGCACAGCUGCCAUCUUCAUGGCACAACGGCGGUGGUGAUAAGCAAACCAAGCCUCUUGAAACAAGACCAGGAAGUGCAGGAAAGCCAAUGCCUGGAUUUGAUAUCAGAGUAGUUGACGAUGAUGGCAACGAGGUACCGCAAGGAAAGACUGGCAACAUCGUUCUCGGCAUGCCACUUGCACCUACCGGAUUCACGACACUUUGGAAGGACGAGAAGCGCUUCUACAACGGAUACAUGCUACGAUUUGAGGGCAAGUGGCUCGACACAGGUGAUGCUGGUAUCAUUGACAAAGAUGGCUACGUUCAUAUCCAUGGUCGUAGUGAUGACAUGAUCAACGUUGCUGCACACAGGUUGAGUACUGCUACACUCGAACAGGCCAUCUCAUCACACCCUGCAAUCACAGACAACUGCGUUAUCCCAGCCCCGGAUGCUCUCAAAGGACACGUACCAUUCGCAUUCGUCGCCCUUUCGCCGUCAGCGGGAUCGAUUCCAGAAGGCGAACUGCUCUCUGCCAUCAAUUCGCGAGUCAGAGCAGCCGUUGGUCCCAUCGCUACUCUGGGAGGUGUCAUCAUAGCACAGGGAGUUAUCCCUCGCACAAGAAGUGGAAAGACUCUACGCAGAGUACUGAAGCAGAUGGUAGAGGAUGCAAGCGAAGGCCACUUCGAAAAAGAAGUAGAAGUGCCAGCAACGAUUGAAGAUGCGGAAGUUGUCGAGAGAGCGAGAAAGGCGAUCAAGACUUAUUUCACUAGGAAGAGCAAGCUGUAA